UGUGGUUGUCGUUUCUGAUAAAAUAUUUUCAAUUUGUGAAGUUUGCUUUGUUAAAGUUUCAAAAUGGUGCGGCAUAACAAUCAGCUGCCUAAUAAUUUAACGCAGCUGCAAAACCUGAUUAAAAGAGAUCCAGAUUCUUAUAAAGAAGAGUUCCAUCAGCAGUUGGCACAUUUUGAAACUACUCUGGAAAUUUUUAACCUAAACCCAUCGCAAUACAACAAGAAACUCGAUGAACAGGCUAUGUUUCUAGCACAGGUAGCACAAUGUUAUUUAAAUGUGAUGAAGACAUUUCCCCAAAAAAUCGUCGAUAUUCUAAAAACGCAUAAUACUGUUCUCCACAAUGACAUGAGGCUCGCUCUCUGUAAAUGCUUAAUACUAUUGAGAAACAAAAACUUUAUCACACCAUUUGACUUACUAGAACUUUUCUUCCACCUACUAAAAUGCCAAGACAAAAAUUUACGUGAAUUCUUGAAGAUUCACAUUAUAACAGACAUAAAAAACAUGAAUAUGAAGCAUAAGGAUAUGAAAUUAAAUUCAACAUUACAGAAUUUUAUGUUCUCUAUGUUGCGUGAUACAAAUGCAAAAGCAGCAAAGCUGUCACUUGAUAUUUUAAUUGAACUAUAUCACAAAAACAUUUGGAAUGAUCAUAAGACUGUGAAUAUAAUAGCUGACAUAGGAUGCUUUUCGAAAAUCACUAAAGUAAUGGUUGCAUCACUGAAGUUCUUUCUUGGGAAAGAUGAAGAAAAAGAAGAUAAUUCCGAUAGUGAUGAAGAAAUUGAUCCCAGAGACACAAUGAUUGCAAACAAGUUCAACAAGAAAACUAGGAAGAGAGAUAAGAUGGUAGACAAAGUGAAGAAGGUAGCCAAGAAAAUGAAGAAGAAGAAACAACAAGCACCAUCCUUCAAUUUCUCUGCUCUACAUCUGAUCAACAAUCCUCAAGGAUUUGCUGAAAAACUCUUCAAACAAAUGGAAUUGUCAAAUGAACGCUUUGAAGUCAAAUUGAUGUCUUUAGAUGUCAUAUCGAGGCUGAUAGGACUUCAUAAUUUAUUCCUCUUCAACUAUUAUCCCUUCAUAGCAAGGUUGCUCAUGCCUCACCAGAGAGAAGUAACCAGGAUCCUACAAUUUGCAGCACAAGCUUCACAUGAACUUGUACCACCGGAAGUCAUAGAGCCUGUUAUGAAAGCAAUUGCAAAUAACUUCAUUACCGAACGGAAUUCUACAGAUGUCAUGGCUGUUGGUCUAAAUGCUGUGAGAGAAAUCUGUGCGCGUUGUCCCUUGGCUAUAGGUGAAGAUUUGCUCAGAGAUCUUGUUCAAUACAAGAGUUACAAAGAAAAGUCAGUUAUGAUGGCAGCAAGAUCUCUAAUCCAACUUUACAGGCUAUCUAUGCCACACUUAUUGCACAAAAAAGAUAGGGGAAGGCCUACAGAAGCUUCAACAGAGUUAGAAACAAAGAAAUAUGGUGAAAUCAGAAUCAGAGACUAUAUUCCUGGUUCAGAGGUUUUAUUGGAAAAAGAAGAAAUAAAGGAAACUGAAAGGAAAUGGAAAGUCACAAAGGGAAAAAAGAAAACUUACGAUGGUUCAGACAGUGAUGAAUGGAUUGAUGUUGGAUCAUCAGAUUCCGAAAUUAAUAUAUCAGAUAGUGAAGCUGAUGAUGAUCACUGUGUAGAAGAGAAAAGUGAAGAAAAUUGUGAUGAAACAACUGAGGAUUCUUGUUCAGAAAUUGAAGAAGCAAACUCAAAUUCAGAACCAAUAGCCAGAAAGGUUUUGAAAGCAAAACGGAACAAUAAAAUGGAUAAAGAAGAGAAAAUCGAAACAGCUCGAAAGAUCGCCAUGGAAACCAUUUUUACUGACGAAGACUUUAAAAGAAUUGAAGCAGCUCAAGUGAAAAAACAUAUUAGUGGAAUUAAAAGAAAGAAACUGGCUGAUGAUGAAGAUGAAGAGUCAGGAGAACUUGUACAACUUUCUGCUAUUGAAAAUAUUCAUAAAAAGAGGAAGCAUGAUAAAAGUGCAAGACUAGAAUCAGUUCUCAAAGGCAGACAAGAACGAGAUAAAUUUGGAUACAAAGACAGAAGAAAGAACAUUCAUUGCUCAAAAACAAACAGAGAAAAAAGAAAAACUAAGAACUUUCAGAUGGUUAAACAAAAAGCUAAAGGUAAAAUAAAAAGGUCCUUCAAAGAUAAGCAGAUUGCUUUUCGAAAUUAUUUAAUAAAGCAAAAGAAAAUGCGGUAAUUUUAAUACAUUACAGUAAUAGUACAGUUUACAAUAAGCUGAGUAAAUAAAGUGUAGGAGACAUGUACGAGAUCUUAGAAUAAAUAAAUAAAACUAUUAGAGUGUUGUUACAAUAUUUUUUUUUUAAGUGCUCCUGGUUUUUUUCAAUAGUGUAAUAUUUCCAAUAAAACUUUAUUUAUGCACUAGCUGCUUGGUUAGAUCCUUUGUUUUUUGGGAGCUCUUCAUGAUUACUUGUUGUUGUUGGGUAAUUUUCAGAAAAAUUUCAAAUAGUUUAAGUUUUUCAGGAAAAAAUUCUGAUAAACGAAAAAUAUUAUUC